CGGUGGAGCUCCGUAGCAAACGAUGCGACGGAAAAGGAAGGUCUGAGAGGCCAAAGAAAAAAAAUAAAGAUUCCCGCGUUGCCUUUAAAGUUUGUUAAACCAUGUGUUGUGUCUGUUAGUGGCGCGUCCAUCACGCCAUCGAAAGGAGCAAGAUGAUUGGCUCUGAGCUCUGGUUACCGCCUACCCUUCUGACGAAAUGCCGCCAAAAGACAUCCUUCUUCAUUCAUGAAACUCUUUUUUUCUGCACCACGCGCCAGAAUUUAAGUAGCUCAUUAUUUAGAUUAAUAAAUCAUUAAGAAAAAUAAUCUAAUAAUAUUUUGAAACAUUUUACUGCGUCUAGUUACCAAUCGGUUUUCCUUCCCGGGCGCCCAAAUUCGACACGACGGUCAGCGUAGGUCAGCUUUUCAUUGCUGUUUAUUUCAACCUUGAAGUUCUUUGGAAAUCAGGUUAACCCAAACAAGACCUUGGAUAUGUGACAUCACCAUAUAUUUUUAUGUUUUUUGAGCCUAAAUUGCAGUUUAAAGGAACAUAAUUAAUGCAACAAAACGCCGUCAAUGAUGCCCUGCACAGACACACCAUAUGGAGAAGAAAAAGAGGGGGGCUCUCUGUGUGUGGGGAGGUGGGAAAUUUCCUACAAGACGACGCACACACAAGGAAGAAGAGAUAGGGGAGGAGCCAUUAGCCCUAUUUUUCUUCUUUUCCCUCUCAACUUCCUCUGCCAACGGACCACACAGUCUUGUGACUGUGUCUAAAAGAGUGAUUAGAACGCUAGACGGUUCGAGUUCUAGCAUUAGCCAACAGACUCGUGCUCCGGACGGAUCAGUGCCGUGCGCUUAACGUGUUGUUGUCCUUCUCCAACCCAUUUGAUGGGGAAUUAAGAAAAAGAGAAUAGGAAGAUACGGGAAAAGCGAAAUUCAAAGUGUGACAACAAGUGAUUAGAUUAAUAUUGGAAAAGAAAAAAGGAAACACUGGGCAAAAAUGGAGUACUGGUCAAGGAGAAAGGAACUGAUGAAUAUUACUACGUUUGGGUACGAGAAAGAGAUGUUCCGUCCUUUCCCAUCUGUCGGCCGGCUCUUCCAGUGCAGUAAUCCUUUCAGGACACUUAAUUAUCACGGAAGGCGACAACCAGCUUUAUUAGUCAUUUGGACAUUGCUUUUCAUCGGUUACUUCCCCACAUCCAUGCAAACAGACCAGGUGGGCCAAGGUGAAUCCUGGUCGUUGGAACGGAACGAUCAAGAAUGUCCCACCUGUACUCGGGAGCGAGCCGUUUCCGUUAUGAAAGAUGAUGAAAUUAAACGAUGGCGAAUCGAAUCAACUAAACAGCAGAUCCUUGAUCGAUUAGAAAUGGAUGAUCGACCACCUAAGGUCAAGACGAAAGAAGCUGCUCUUCAUUUGCACAGUUUGCCGCCGACCAUCGUUUUACCUGACAGCAUGUCUAGUUCAUACGAAGUAGCGCAGGAAGUUGAACCAAUCAGGCAAAUCAUUUUGUUCCCGAGCAAGACAUUUCGUCGCAAUAAAGACAGCCGUCAUCAUCACAAUGAUCCACCGCCACUAAUCAAGGAACUGGAAACAAUUACAUUAAAGUUCCCCAUCACUGACGAAAUGCAUGAAGCAGCACUUCAUUCAGCCGUUUUGUGGACAGCACAGCAGAACUCAGACAACGCAACUAACGCUGAAUCAGUUGAAUGGGAAUCGACAGAUGUUACGAUGGCGGUAGACAGACAAAUUGGUCGCCAUCAGAGGCACAAAUUCCUCAGCUUACCAUUUGAUACAAGACUACAUUUGGAUCACCCUCAGCAACCUCAACCUUACUUAAUCAUUCAAGUCGAUCCGUCACAAAGGAGAUCGGCCGAGGUCAGUUCACGGAACUCCCGCCAAAAGCGGAACACGACACCCAGAUGCGGUGCAACCGUGACCCAGUGCUGUCGAGAAUCUCUCUUCGUGUCCUUCAAGGAUGUCGGCUGGGACGACUGGAUCGUCGCGCCGUCCGGUUUUCACGCGUUCUACUGUCGCGGAUCUUGUCGCUCUUUUACAGCGCCAGCUAGCAGCGCUACUACACAUGCAUCGCUCCUACAGAAAUUAGCUGCACGGGAACGGGUCCCUAGCGAAGCACGGGCUCAUCUAGCACCUUGCUGUGCUCCAACUCGCCUCAGUACGCUCACUAUUUGGUAUUCAGAGGAAAAUGGUGUUAUAAAACAGCGCACUUUACCCAACAUGAUUGUCGAAUCGUGCGGAUGUGCUCUGUGAAUUUUGGCCACCGGCACUUUUUUUCCGCCCAAAUUUGUUCGUCUUUGCACGACAAAAUUCACAAGGCACGUGUCGACCUCGAGUGGCUACAAUCAUCGCUCGUCAUCUUUCUUUCAUAACGAAUCUCACAUAAAUGUGCAGACAGAAGCACUGCAAACUGCACUAGCCUAACCUUUCGUAUUCGCUCAUUUCUUAUUUAUUCCCAUCCUAGAACUUUGAUUUAUGUUUUUCGCCUAGGCUGGUACGUUAACGCUGAUUUGACCCGACAAUUUGGGUCAUAACUCGUUUAAUAAAAAUAU